CAUUUCCAGUGUAUUAUUUAUACGAGAACGCAUGUCCAUAGUCAACAAUGACUGAGAACAUAUAAUAAGAUUGGUCUUCCACCUCCGUUAUUAACGUCGCCCACGUCCUUGAUAGACAUACUCGAUCACAGGCUUCUUUCCCGUGCGCAUCGUUUGACGAAAGCCUCAACAGAUCAUUUCAAGACCACCAAAAACCGAAUCAUCCCCCAAGCUCAGAUACCUAGCGAAUCUGAAAUCCUACAAUACCAAACCAACAAACCCAGACUCUCCUUGGGAUAUGUUCCGCUACAACCUGCACAUCCCCGAUGAAUCCACCACCGAACGACUCUCUCGCAUAUCCACAACUCCUCCUGAAUUCUGGAGCCGAAAAGACUGGAUGGAAUCGCGCCGUCUGCGCGCCAAGCGCGGCCAAUCGAUCUGGAGAGCAGCUCGACAGGGAAGAAGGCUCGGGAUGGCCACGCGGAACUAUCCCGAAGGACCAUUCUGGCCGCAGACUCCGAGGUAUAAUCCGCAGUGGAAAGUUGAUGCGAUCAAGAUGAGGGUGUUGGAUGAUGAUUUGCUUAAUCUGUGGGAGGAGGGUUACGCGGUUUAUCAAGGGAUGGAUGGAUAUUAUCGAGUACAGGAUCCGUGGACAGGGCAGGUUUUCCCAAUGAUGUGGGGUCUGGAUGAGCCCUGAUGGGGGAGGAGAAGGGUGUGGAACGAGGAGAUGUGUGAAAAUAAAUAGAUCGUUGCAUUAUCCCAUUAAGGGAACCUAGUAGUACACUAUACAAGACUGCAGGGAAUAUUAAAA